AACUUUUGUCUCGCUGAGCUACUCAUGGACCGAAUGUCGAACGAAAAUUCCCAACGGCCAAUUAUUCUGGGUCUAUUUCGCGUUUGGUUCGGCGAUCUUCAUCGGGUCUAUACUCACAUCCUACAUAACCGAAAAAUUAGAAGUCUACCGUGUCCAGCUAUGUUGCCUGAUUAUUAUCAGUGCAGCACUAUGGACUCUCUCGCUAUUCAGCGCUAUCUUGGCGAUUACUGUAGCUUUGCUGAUGAUCGGCCUAAACUUAGGCAUUAUCGCCUCAUCAGUACCGUAUACAUUCAUGACCAUAUUUCGUGA